AUGGAAGCAAGAAACCGAAAGGAAAUAGAAGAAAGAAGAAGAAAAAGAAAAGGGAAGAAAGAAGAGAAAGCAUUGAAAUUAAGGAGAGAGAAGCAAAAGGAGGAGGAAGAUGAGCUGAUGAAAAGCAUACAGAAACUUAAAGUUAGAGAGGAGGAAAAAGCAAGGAUUGAAGAAUUAGAAAUAGAAAGCGAAACUUUACCAUCAGAACAUGGAGUGAAAGAUUCAGAUGUCAAGUCAGUGAUUCGAAAUAUUCCAGAACAGGUGAAUACACACCAACCAAUACGUAGAGCAGAAGAAACAAACGCAAAGAUGGAUGAACUACUGAAAAAGAUGAUGGAAUUAGAGAAAGAAAUCAGAGACAUAAAAAGUAACCAGAGUGGAAAUACAGAGAGUAAAAGAGGAACAGGCGGAUACAGACCACGACCAUAUGGAAGGCCUUAUAGAUGGAGACGGUAUGGAGAUGAUAGAAGUGUUGAUGAUAAUCCGAAGAAGUCGGAGGAAAAGAAGAAGGAAACCCCACCAAAAGAACACUCAUCAGAGAAGUCAAAAGACAAUUUAAACUAG